AUGGCGCUGUGCAGACUCGUGGGUAUCUCCAACGAAAUGUCGUUGAUCAACGUCAAGCGGGCCCUGACCACGGGUACGUAUCGUUAUUAUUUGUUAAUAACAGCGUUUAACCAAAGUAUAUUAUUGUUGGGUACGCGUUACAGUGGACUUUGUCGUUAUCCCGAGUCUCGGCACGAUCGUACAUUUACAUUGUGAUAAUCGUCGAAUCACUUCGUGUCCGCCGUUUUAGGUUUUCCAAAGAGACGGGUUCGGAACCACCGGAUUUCGGUUUUUUUUUUUUUUUUUCGUCCGAAAUACCGAUUUUUUACGUAUUGCGAGUUUUUCAAUUCCAUAGGUAGCAGAUAUAUUUUCACCUUAUAUUUAAACCACUGUUCCCAAUCUUGUACUUUUUACAAUUUUCUAAAAUGACCGUCGCCAAUACACAUUUAAAAAUUUCAAAGUUGACCUAUAUCGCGGAAGUCGGUCUUGGAUAAUUUUAAUGGUUUCAAUUUGUAUGCUUAUAGUGUACUUAGGUAUUUUGAUUGGUAGUACUAGACUACAGCAUAUACUGUAGUCUAGUACUACUAUUGCCUGUCAAAAAAUGUAUGAACGCAUAUUUGUUCAUUGAUUGUAUGAUGAUACAAAAAACCAAAUUUAUCAAAACUAUAUGAAACAAUCGCCGUUGAAUGGUUCCUUAAGUAUAUGGUUUUAAUUUUUCAUUAUACAUUUCGUAAUUGUAUUCUUAUUUUUUAUGAUUUUUAAUUUUACAGCCUUGAAUGGUUCUGAAUAGUCUCGUUUCGCUAUUAUGAUUAUUUAAUAUAGGGAAUUCGAUUGAAAUCGACNUAUUACGAUAUGAAACAAUCGCCGUUGAAUGGUUCCUUAAGUAUAUGGUUUUAAUUUUUCAUUAUAUAUUUCGUAAUUGUAUUCUUAUUUUUAUGAUUUUUAAUUUUGCAGCCUUGAAUGGUUCUGAAUAGUCUCGUUUCGCUAUUAUGAUUAUUUAAUAUAGGGAAUUCGAUUGAAAUCGACAUUAUCAGAGAUUUACUCAUUUUAGACAAAUAUUCAGAUAAAAAUUGGAUUUUUAGUGAGUAAAUUUAACGGGUCAUCUAAAAAUGAUUGUUCAGCAGUUCCACCUGUUAACUUCCUGGUUGUCUAUAAAACAUCCUUGAAACUAGUUUUAUAAUCAUUCUAUUUUAGAAGUAGAUUAUUUUUAAAAUGUUUUCAGUUCCUUAUUGGUUGAUUUCACUAUGGUAUUAACCUCCUAUAUAAAACCAUCUUAUACAUUUUAUAAUAAAAUAUAGGUAUAUGUUGUUCAGUUGUCUACCCCAUUGAAUUUUAAUUUAUAUAUUUCGAUAUUUAUUAGGUAAUCAAAUUAAUUAUCUAUAUGUUUUAUUUAUAACUUUAUUUAUCCUUAAGCUACCUGUUAUCUUAUUGAAAAUUGGAUUAUAAUUAGAACAAAUUUUUAUAUUUUUGGCUAGAUUCCAACAAUUUUGUAACACACAUUAACCCAUUUAAUUUUAAUUUCAAUUGGUGACAACUUGAAAACAACUUGAUGAAAUAACAUCUGCAAUUAUCCUACAUUAAUUUUUAUCAUUCUAAAAAAAAAAUGUUGAAUUACCGAAGUAGUUGUGUUGGUAAUAUUUUUAACAGAAUUUGUCAAAAAAAUAUGUAGAAAUUAGAUAAUGUUUACAAUUAAUUAAAAUGAAAAUAUUUUAAUCUACGAACAUAAUUAGGUGUCUAUUCUAUAUUUUUUUAUAUUAUUAUGAAUUAUUAUUAAUUUGAUUAAAAAUGUUAAAUGUUAGGUUUGGUUAUGGCUACAGAAAAUAAUAUAAUAUUAUAAUAAUGGGACAUAGUUUGUAUCUAUUAUUAUUAUUUGUAUUCAUUUGGUUGUGUCAGGUCAGUGCUGAUCCAUAGUAAUUUUAAACUAUUAUGAUAUAUUUAAAAUAAUAAUAUUUAGUCAUUGAUUAGUAAUAAUUAUCUUUAUAUACAGAGUGAUCAGAAUUUUAUGUUACACACAUUUUCUCUUAACAAAUAUAGGUAUAAAAUUAAAGGAUAAUGUGUAAUGAAAACUGUUCAUUAAAUAGUGUAAUCUAAAAUUAUACCUGAGCCUGAAAUGUUAAAACACCCUUUUAGGAGAUUUUUGGGGUAAACUUUUGAAACUCAAAUGACAAUCUAUAUUUGAAAUUCCAUAGAUAACUGAAUUAUUAGUUCAAAUAAAUUUUAGUGUUGACAUUUUUGAUUUCUAUCAACCCGUUAACAUAUAUAAUUCUUUUUCUUCUUCUUCGCCUUCAUCUCAACUAUUUGGGGUGGCCAACCUCGUUCUAAGCUUCCAUUUCACCCAAACUCCCACCUUGCAAUCACUGGUUAUCUUCAAUCGCAUCCCAACCAUCUCUUUUUCAGACUUCCUCUUUCUUCAUGACACACUCAAACUAUUUCAGUUUAUAAUUCCUUAUCUUUUUAUUAAGUCUCAUUAGAAUUCUCUUGUCAGAUAAAAUACCUGAUGUUUCUCUGCCUUUUAUUUAACCAUAUAAAAUCAAGUCAUUUUUACUAAAACCAUGUUUCACAUUCUAUUCAAAACCACCAUUAUUUUGUACAAAAGAUCCUGUGUACCUACUUAAAAUCCUCAAUCAAUUAUAUCUCUGUUUAUUAUCAUUAGCUAUCUUGUCCUAUUCUUAUAAACUCAUACUCUCUAUACUCUGUUUUACUUCCACUUAUCCAUAAUCCUUUUCUUUUAAGUGCUAUUCUAUAUACCUCAAGCCUAUUAUUAAUAUCUUCUAGAUUUUCUUCUAUCAAAGCUAUAUCAUCUGCAAACAUCAUUUACCAUGGUUCCCAUUCGUCUGCAUGUCUGCAAGAUGAAAGAAUACACUAUUUUUUUGUUUAGAGCUUCAUACUAUUUGACAGAAUUUUACACUGGGUGUUGACCUGAUGCAACUUCAUUUGUCCCCUCAUACAAUAAGUAGAGGUACCAUGAGAUUAUUCUGAUCUUCUCCCACAAGGGGAAGACAAUGUACACAAUCAAUAAAAUCAAUUUUAAAUUUCAGUAUUUUAUAUCAUUCAGAUUAAUCCCAAUAAUUCAAAUUGGACUUUUUAUAAUGUUUCAAAUACAGUAGAUUCUCAUUAUGUCAAAUCUCAAAGGGAACAGGAAAAACUUUGAGGUAUUGAGUUUCAUUAAAAUUUUAACCUUAAUACAUAUCAAUGAACUACAAUAUUGAAUAAAUUAAUUUGUUUUUAAAAAACUGUCAUUAAAGUUUGUUUUUCAAUUCAAACUAUUCCAUUUAAUGGUAAGUUUUUAUCUCUGCGAUAUUUAUAUUGACAAUAAUGUAUUUGGUGGAAUAUUUAAUUUAUUGACGAUUUUACAUUUUUUUUAUGGUCACCUUUUUCAACUAACUGUGUUUAACAAACUUUGUACGAAAUUGAAGAAACAUUUAAUUUAUACUUAUUCUCCAUUUCACUAUAUUGAACGAUUACAAACAUUGACUAUACCACUAUGUGCAGUCAAAAUAACUAUAUUGAAUGUACUGCACAAUUUUCUGUUUUUACCGUAAUUUGUGUACUCGAGAUAACAAAAAACAAUUCAUUUUACAUAGAGUUAUCCAGAAAAAACCUCUGUUAAAUGUAAUGGUAGUUUUAAGAAGAUAAUGAAAAAUUUGACAUAGCUAUGUUCAACAUGAAGAGAAUCUACUAUAUAUAGUUUAUAAUAAACAUUUUUUAGUAACCAGUACAAAAUCCAAAUAAAUUAUCAAUAAAUAUUAUUUUUUAAGUGUGAACAAUUUUAUUUACAGGUCAAAGGUUAUUGAGUCAAGAUCUUAAACACACUUCAUCAAAAGUUGUGGAUAACAUAUUAGUUAUUACUUUGAAUACCCCAAAUUCAAAAGUAAGUUUAAAUAUUUCCCUCAUUGGUAUCAAUUAUUAAAAAUAAUGCAUAUUAGGUAAAUUCAUUGUCUCAUGAUGUAAUGAAUGAAUUGCAAGUUAAUUUGAACAAAGCAAGUCAAGAUCCAUCAAUUAAAGGAAGUGUUAUUAUAUCUGGUAAACCCAAUUGUUUCAUAGCUGGUGCUGACAUAUCUAUGUUACAAGCAUGUCGAACAGCUGAAGAAGUUCAUCAAAUAUCUCAGGAUGGUCAAAAAAUGCUUAAUCAAGUUGAGCAAUCAUCAAAACCAGUUGUAGCAGCUAUUAUGGGAGCUUGUUUAGGAGGUGGCCUUGAAGUAAUUAAAUUUAAUAUACUAUUAAUUGAUAAGGAAAAUUGCUUUUAUAAAAUUAAACCAAUUAAUACACCAUCUUAAUAAUAUUAAUUAUGUACCUAUCUUAUUUAAUUUCUUGUCUAGGUUGCAAUGUCUUGCCAUUACCGAAUUGCUGUUAAAAGUAAAAGUACAGCUAUUGGAUUACCUGAAGUUAUGUUAGGAUUAUUACCUGGUGGUGGUGGUACUCAACGUCUACCGAAAUUGGUAGCUAUACCUACUGUAUUAGACAUGGCUUUAACUGGAAAAUCAUAUAGAGCUGAUAAAGCUUUAAAAGUUGGUUUGAUUGAUCAACUUGUAACUCCUCUUGGGCCUGGUUUAAAUACACCAACUGAAAGGUUUGUUUCUUAAAGACCAUUUAUUAUUUUUAAUAUUUUAGUUAUUGAUUUAAUUAUCAUUUUAAUAUAGGACACUGGAGUAUUUAGAAGAAGUCGCUAUUGAUGCAGCCAAAAAAUUAGCUGCAGGACAAAAGUUAACAAAAAGAAAUAAAAACAAGACUUUAGUGGAUAGUGCAAUUGACUUAGCUUUGAAACAAGAAUGGCUUCGAGAAAAAUUUUUUGAGAGUGCCAAAGGCAAAGUUUUAAAAAUGACUGGAGGACUAUAUCCUGCUCCUUUAAAAGUAUACACCUUAAAAAAUCAAUUAUUUUUUUAUGUUAUUGGCAUAGUAAUAACUCAUGGAAGCUAUUUUCAAUAAUACAAUUGUUUUAGAUAAUUGAUGUUAUUAAAACUGGAAUUGCUGAAGGUAAUACUAAAGGAUAUGCUGCAGAGAGCAACGGUUUUGCUGAAUUAGCUAUGACACCACAAAGCAAAGGUUUAAUUGGACUAUUUCAAGGUCAAACUGAAUGCAAAAAAAAUAAAUUUGGUGAACCUAAAAUUGCAUUAAAGUGAGUAAAAUAAUUAUGAAAUUAACAAUUUUUAAAGCUUAGAAAAGCUUAGUAAAAAAAUCAACUUUUAAAUAUUCAACAUCAAUAUGGUUUCACAUUUAAAACUAUUUUGUAUAGUCCGAACAAAAGUUAUAACAAUAAAAAAUAAUUUUAUAAUUCCAUGUUUUAAAUGUGUAUUGUUUGUAAUUGUAAUUUUGUAUUGUUGAACAUAUCAGUUUAUUUAUUUUUUAGGACUGUUGGUGUUCUUGGUGCUGGUCUAAUGGGUGCUGGAAUUGCUCAUGUAACUGUUGAUAAAGGUUUACAAGUAGUACUUAAAGAUACCAAUAAAGAGGGCCUAGCUAGAGGAAUUGCACAGAUUGAAAAAGGUUUAACAGGUGCAGUUAAACGCAAGAAAAUGACAGGGUAAAUGGUUUAUUAAGUUUUCAUCUAUGGUUAAUACCACUAUUAUACAAUAGUAUAACUUUAAUGUUCUAAUGCAUAUUUGUUUAUUAUAUUUAUAGAAUAGAAAAAGAUAGAUAUGUUUCUGACUUGACUAGUACUUUAUCAUAUGAAUCUUUUUCAACUGCUGAUAUUGUCAUUGAAGCUGUAUUUGAAAAUAUUAAUAUAAAACAUCAAGUAAUUAAAGAACUCGAACAAGUUGUACCCAAACAUUGUAUUAUUGCUACUAACACAAGUGCCAUACCAAUUGGAAAAAUAUCAGAGGGUAGUAGUCGUCCUGAAAAUGUAAGUUAUCAUGUAUUUAUGUAAACCAUAAAAAAUAAUUACUAUAUUAUAUAUAUUUAAACUCAAUACAUUCUUUACUUCAAAUGUUCAAUUCUAAAUAAAUGUCAUACUUGUUAUAUUAAAUUUAUAUACUCAGUUUAUUCUAUCUGUAAACAACUUUUUUAUUAGAAAUCUUUUUCCAAUAAAAAAAUGACAAGAGUCCUCUUUUAUAGAUGAAAUAAGAAGGUCAUUUUUUGAUUUUCCAAGUAAUUUUCAUAUUGUAAAAAAAAAUAUAAACCUGGAAUAACUUUUUGGCAAUUAGUUUCAAUUAGAUCUGCUUUUUGAAUAUUAUUUUUCUACCAGAAAUCUUCCUUCAAAUUUCAAGAAUAGCACCUUAUGAAUAAGUAAGGAUUCUGUUUAAAUUGUAUGGUAUUUAACCUAAGUUAUACUCUAUAGUUCAUUGGUAAGAUUGUUUCUGGAAUUUGAGUUUGUGGUGUAUUGAAUUAGUUCCUUUAGCUAACCGAUCCAAAUAUUUUGAUGUAGCUGUUGUAUAAACCAUUAAAUGAUAAUAUAAACUACCUUCAUUUCUAUCUCAAAUUGGGUUCCAUGUUAUUGUAUUUAACUAAUAAUUUGUGUUUUCAUGUCCAUUCAAUUUCUGAAAAUCAUGUAAAUAUAGUCCAAUAAAUCACUUGUAAAAGUUGUGUAUAAAUUUAAAAUUGAAUAUGUUUUAUAUUACAAUUUAAUACCUAACUGAUUGAAAAUACUGAUAAUAUUAAUAAUAAUAUUAUACUAAUAUUGUCAUUACACUCAUUCUCUGAUUAAAACUUUUUUUUUCACAUAAAUUAUAAAUUUUCAUUAUAAUUAAAACUUAUUAGAUACAAUUAAUUUAGGAACUGGCAUAAUAUAAGGUUAAUAAUAAUUAUACACAUUUAAUAUUUUAUAGUGAACUUGCCAACCCAUAUAACUCCUAUAAUAUAUAGAAGAUAUAAAUGUCAAAAUUAUUUUAUACAAUAAAGUUAAUAAUUACAAAUUAAUAUUUAUUUUUUGUUUUAGAAAUUAAAUAUUUUAUUAUUGUAAUAGGUAUAUAAUAUUAAAAAUCUAUGUCUUUAGGUUAUUGGAAUGCAUUACUUCUCUCCUGUUGACAAAAUGCAACUUUUGGAAAUCAUAACAACUGACAAGACUUCCAAAGAAACAGCUGCUGCUGCUGUAUCUUUAGGUUUAAAACAAGGAAAAAUUGUUAUUGUAGUAAAGGAUGGCCCAGGAUUCUAUACAACACGUAUCUUAAGUACUAUGUUAUCUGAAGCAAUGCGAUUAUUGCAGGUAUACAUUUCUAGCAUAAACAAAAAUUAUAAUAUUUUAAUUGUAUCAUGUAUUAUUAAUGCAACUAUGAAUUUAUGACUAAAAUAAAAUUUUUAGUUAGUUCUUGUAAAUUCAUACUGAGUGCAAUAGAAAGAAUGAGAGCUAGCCAAAUUAAUAUAUUAAUACAUUUUUUUUUUCUCAUUUUAGAGCAGACUAGAAAAUAUAAUUUUAGGCUCACUGCAAUAAAGCUAUUUAAAGCAAACUAAACAAAUGUCUUUAUUAUUUUAAUAAAAAUAGAAUCCAUGCAUUUCUGUAAAAAUGUACAUAAUGAUAAAUGAGUACCCCUCUCCUCCCCCAAUUGAUAUCUAUUUCUGAAUGAAUAAAUUUAGAUAAAUACAUUUUUUAACUAUAUGUAAAUCAAUAGUUAAAUUUAUUUUAAUUUUAGGAAGGUGUAAAUCCAAAACAAUUGGAUAAAAUUACCAAGAGCUUUGGAUUCCCAGUUGGUGCUGCAACAUUAUCUGAUGAAGUUGGCAUCGAUGUUGGUUUCCAUAUUGCCACUGAUUUAGCAAAAGUCUUUGGUGAAAGAUUUAGUGGUGGCGAUCUUAAUGUUUUGAAAAGCAUGGUAGACAGUGGCUUUUUGGGUAAGUUUAGUUUGGGUUUGGACUUAUUUAUUGAAGUAUUCAUUAUAAAGAUGGUACUUUUAUAAUAAUCCAACUUUCACUUAUUCACUUAUUUUUAGGACGAAAAUCUGGAAAAGGUUACUUUGAGUAUAAGGCUGGCACCAAGAGCAGGCCUGAAAAUACCGAAGCUAUUAGUUUGUUAGAAAAAUUCAAACUGGUGCCAAAAGGUGAACAAUCUGUUGAAAAUCAACAACUACGCAUGGUGUCCAGAUUUGUAAAUGAAGCUGUGUUAUGUUUGGAAGAAUCUAUUCUCAACAAUCCGGUAUGCAUACUACUAAUAUACAUAAUAUUAUAUAGUACAUAACAAAAUAUAUACUCAGUAUACUUCAGGACAACUGUGAAAUGUCUUCAUAAACCAGGAAACCAAAAUAUUUGUUCUGUACUAGCUGCAAUGACAUUGCAAAAUUUCCUAAUUUACCAACUACUGAUAAAAAACAGAUGUUAUAUAUGUACAUAUAUUUUUAGCUAAACAUUUACAGUGUGGUUUUUAAAUAAUAUAUUUUCUGUAACUGUUAUAAUGUGAUAUUGAUUAAACGAUUAUUCUUGUUGUAGGUUGAAGGUGAUAUUGGUGCUGUAUUUGGUCUUGGAUUCCCUCCAUUUUCUGGUGGUCCAUUCAGAUGGGUUGAUUGGUAUGGUGCUGAUAAACUUGUUUCAAAAAUGCAAACAUUCCAAAAUGAUUAUGGUUUACCAUUUCAACCAUGUCAAUUGUUGUUAGAUCACGCUAAGGAUAAAUCAAAGAAAUUCUAUCCAUCUUAA